UGGAAGGCUGAAAUAUUUUGAAUUUCGUAGUCCGCCAAAAAAAUCGCCUUCGUCUCCACCGAAUACUCAUCACUCAUCAGACAACAAAGACACACACAGUCUCUUUCUGAACAAAUAACCCUACAAAUACUCCAAUCUGUCUCCCAAGUUUCAAACUUUAAUUCCUCCAUUGCAUCUUCAUUCGAGCUCCAUUAUCGCCCCAGAAAAUGGCUUCAAUCAAGCCAUCUUCUCGCUAUGCCACCGCCAAUUUUUCAUUUGAAUCCCGAUCCUCCACCAGAUCCGACCCCUCUUCUUCCACGGAGGUCGCCCCGAAGUCCCAGUUCCUCCGCCCCUCCUCUCGUGAUUCAUCACGCGCCAUCGUCCCCACUAAGGCCCCGAGCAAGGACAACGCCAAUUUCAGCUCAAUGGUGAAGAAGCUAGUUGAUCACAGGUCGAGCUCCGCGCCGGCGAAGAAGAAGGGCGAAUACAAGCUGGCAAUUCCGGCGGAUUUCAUAGCUGAGGAUUUGAAGAAGACGGCGAGGAAAGGGACCACGGGCUUGACCUCUCUGCACAAGAAGCUCUUCAAGGGAUCGGCGAAGAGAGCGGAGGGGGGUGAACCGAAGGCGUUGACGGAGUUCAAAGGGAACACGCGAACAUUGGCAAUGGUGCUAAGAAGUGAGAGGGAGCUAUUGAGUAUGAACCAGGAGCAGGAGAACCAGAUUACUGAGCUCAAGUUGUUGCUUGAGGAGAAAAACAAAGAGGUAGAUAAGUUGAAAGAUUUGUGCUUGAAGCAAAGGGAGGAGAUCAAGUCACUGAAGAGUGUCGUUCUUUUCCCAGAUGUUAUGAAUUCACAACUACAGGAACUUAUGGAGAAGCAGACUUCAGAACUCAAGCAGGCUAGACAACUUAUACCUAAUCUGCAAAGGCAGGUCACAUCUCUUACUGACCAGCUGCAAUACCUCGCAGAAGAUUUUGCAGAGGUCAAAGCAGAUAAAUACUCAAUGAGAGGGUUCUAUGAUAGUUGCAUUAGUUCUCCACGAACACCUGAAUAUGAUCAUAGAGAGGCAGCAAAUUCUCUGGAUUUUAGUUCUGAAGAUAAUGCAACACCAGAGAGCCCUGAUGAUAUGUUUCUCAAAGAUCUAAACCCUUGUUUAACACCUUACGACAAGACGAAGUCCAAGGAAUUUGAUACAUUUGAUGUCCCAGAUGAUCAAGAUUUGCAUAGCACUAUUAGCUUCAGUUCUUGUGCAAGGAAGCUGUCAAAAAGCUCAGAUUGUUGCCAAUGUUCAAAGUCAGGGAACAAAUGAGUUGUGAUCAUAUGAAAGAGAACCUACAUGUAAAAAGCAGCUGCACAAUAAUUAUCUCCAAAUUCUGUUCGAUCUUCUUCCCUGAAUCUCAAAUGCCAGAGUUCAGACCAAUGGUCUCUUUGUUUGUGUUACAUGCACGUCUCUCUGUGUUCAUUUACUUCAGUCAGGUCAAUAAUUUUUGGCCCCUAAAAUAGUCCGUGCGUUUUGGUUUAAGUCGUGUUUGGUAAGUUAGCCAGACAAAUUUUACUUGACGGGCUAAAUUUUGAUUGGUUCAUUGCUCCUUUUUAUUUGUCUCACCAAUAAGUAAUAAAGUUUUAGUUUUAUUUGAUGUAUAAGUUAAAC